ACCGCCCAGAGAUACAAGAAGAAAUUUCCAGGAAGGAUGACAGGCUGCUCACCUUGUUGAAAGAUGUGUACGUGGAGUCCAGAGAUCCACCUGUGCGGGUAAAAGAUGCAGGUGGUGAACAUCUUCCAUCUAAACAGGAGGAAAAGAGACUUACAAAACUAGGCAACUUGGGAGAUCUAGAUGUUAAGAAAGUUUCCAAAGGCAAAAUUUCCAUUGUGGAGGCUCUGACGCUUCUUAAUAAUCACAAACUUCAUCCUCAAAUAUGGACUCCAGAGAAAAUAGCAGUGGAAUACAGUCUGGAACUGAAGGAGGUCAACUCUCUUCUGGAAUUCUUCAUUCCUUUCACUGUGAAGGAAUUUCCUAAAGAAACCAAAAAAGCUAUAAAGGCAACAUAAAGACAAUUACCAAACCCUUGUGUGAUCUUACUUGUGUCUUAAUUCUACUCUUGAGUAUA